UAAGACCAAAUCUGCUACUGUGCACCGUAACAGGUCACUUCUAACAUCCUCCGGCGUACCUCCAGCGGACUUUAUGGAUCUAUAAUCGCACAUUUGACAAGCGGAUAAAGGAUCCCGCUCCGAGGAUUUAAAGCUAAACGAGAGGACUUGUUUAACAGGCUGAUUGGGAGCUUCCCCCUAAACGCAGGGAACUGGAUUAAGCUUCUUCAUGCAACUUUUUUGGAAAGAAACCAGGAGCAUCUCACAGGGGAAUAGCAAAAAGAUCAACAACGGUGACAUCGCGCUCUCUCUGGUAGACCUAACUGCAGGUGUCGCGUUCUCUCUCAGUCCCUCCGGGGAGAUGUACCAAGGGUUCCCCGGCGACCCAGACAGCGGAUCCCGUGGAAGUUCCUCUCCAUCUAUAGAGUCCCAGUACCUUUCCUCGGUGGACUCCUUCGGAAGCCCGCCGACCACCAGUGCUCCGCAGGAGUGUGUGUCAGCAGGAGCUGGCUUGAGCAUUGUGGGUAGCGGGCCAGUGGCCAGUGUCGGAGGGGAGAUGCCCAGUUCAUUCGUGCCCACCGUCACCGCCAUCACCACCAGUCAGGAUCUGGAGUGGAUGGUACAGCCGACCCUUGUCUCAUCCCAGGCCUCUGGACUAAGUGGGUCCACUGGGAUCACAACCAUGACCCAUCCAGUAUCACUAGUUGACCCAUAUGACAUGCCAGGCCCCAGUUAUUCCUCAGUGUCUGCAUUUACCCCUCCAAGUUCAGACACUCAAGGCCUAGCUCCGGGCCCCAUGCGCCAUUCCAGAACCCGCAGCCGCCGUACACGAGAGGAGUCUGUGAGUGACGAUGGAGAUGUUGGUGUGUUACUAACACCUGAGGAGGAGGAGAAGAGGCGUGUUCGGCGAGAGAGAAACAAGUUGGCUGCCGCCAAAUGUAGAAACCGAAGACGAGAACUUACAGACAGACUGCAGUCGGAGACGGACAUAUUGGAGGAGGAGAAGGCAGAGCUGGAGGCUGAGAUCUCUGAGCUGCAGAAGGAGAAGGAACGUCUGGAGUUUGUCCUGGUGGCCCACCAGCCGAGCUGUAAGUUCCCGUACCCAGACCAACAACAGCAGGGCUCAGCGCAGCUGCCUCCCGUCCAGCCCCAGCUCCCUCCCGUCCAGCCCCAGCUCCUUCCCCAAACCCUACAACCUCCUGUCUCCAUUGUGGGCUUGGCUGUGAAUGAAGACUCUUUCUAUCUGCCUCCUGCCUACACAGCCCAUCCGGUCUCCACACAGUCCCAGCCUCCGGUCCAGCAGCAGCCUCAGCCAGGGAUAAUGCAGGAGGUAGAGUUUUCUCGUUCUUUCUAUGGCUCAAGUGAGCCGGCACCAGGCGGGCCGUGCCUCAUGGCCAGCGACAGUGGUGGUGGUGGUGGUAACCAUGACGAUGCGGCCAUUGGCAGCUACAACACCUCAUACACAUCUUCAUUUGUGUUCACCUACCCAGAGGGAGCCUGCGGGGUCAGUGCCAACCAGCGGAACAGCAGUAGCGAGCAGUCAUCUGAUUCCCUGAACUCGCCUUCACUGCUGGCGCUCUGACUGACCGACAAACACACGCGCACACAUAUGAACAAGCACAUACAUUAUGCUCGCUGGAAGUAGAGGCUGAGACAAGUACAUGCAGAGUACCUAUCAGCCUCACCGAUUGAGAAAAAACAACCAAUCGUUUGUUUGCGAUUGAGUUAAAGUUUACACAUUUAUGCAUUCCAAUCAAGAGCCAUAUAAAUAUUUGCACAUGAAUUACAUUAGAUAUAACCUUUAACAACAAUAUAUAAAUAAUUUCUUGUCAGAAUUCCUGCAACAAGAUAAGUGAAUAAAAACGAAGUCACAAAAUCCAAGUUACAAAUCUUAAAUGAACAUUUUCAAUCGUGUACAGUACAUUGAGUAAAAUACCAACAAGCUCACUAUACACGCCAACAAGCACCAGUGCCCCCACCUUGUUCCCUCUGUGGGUUGACUUUUCCAGUGCUCUUGCUCUCAUCCUUUCCCAUCCUUUUCCUUCUUCUUCCUCUGGCUGAAUGUAUUUGUGCAAAUCUGAAAUAGGGACGAAGGACAUUUUGUUCAGAGUCUCUUCUUGUGGGAGACAGACUGCUGAUUUCUCGCUCACCUCUAACUCUUCAUCUGCUCGAAUUCCCUCUGCUUCUUCAUUUGUUGCUUGGAUUUGGCAAGUUGAGGAUCUGAGUAUCACAGACUCCACAAAAUCUAAUGCUUUCUUCUCUCGUUUUUUGUUUUUGAAAUUCUUCUGCCGGCUGCGUACCUGCCAUGCGACCCAUCCCUGCCCAUCUGUUUCUCCUCUACUGUCACUGUGUUUCUCCCUCUCUCUGAAGUCUUCAACCCCUGAGAGCCCGAAGACCCCCUCCAGCCCUUGGGACCUUGAGUGAAUGACGGCCCAACUAAUUCGUCGUUUUGCACCCUCUCAUACAAGGACAUGGACGCAACCCCCCCCAAUACAGCAGAAUGUUUUCUUGGAGCGCAUUGCUCGAAGCAGAUCCUUACAGUGAACAGCAGCUAAAUACUUUUACACACACAUAGACGCAUAAUUGAUGAACGCAAAAUGCAAGACAGAUGCCACUGUCUUCUGCUGAGCCAUUUUUCAAUGUUCACACAAUGAAGAUAGGACAACAUAAGUGUUGUGAGGCCGGAUACAAGUGAGGAUGGAGAGAGUUUUAGCAGAAGGGGAGAAAAGGAAGUGCAACCAAGCUGGUCAGACUCAAAUGGAGAGGUGAUGAUUGAAGAGGAAGACUCCCAUCCUAACCAUCCAUUUUUGGAACCAAAUGUUGAAAACACAGAAAGAGCCAAAUGUUAAAGUAAAAAUAUUGCUCUUUCCAACUGUGUGGAGGUGUGACCUCAGUUAUAACACCUCCAUAACCAAGAGCCUCAUCACCCUGGGCCUACAUGCGUAUAUUCACACCAUCACUUUCAAGUCUCUGAACUGAAGAUAUGACGUUUUGUGGCAGCGCACCGACUCAAUCAGAUGUGAACCGAUGCCUUUAUUUAGAGGAGAGACGUUUUUGGUAGUGAUUCAGACAACCUCUAAACAUUUGGGCUCAGUGGUCUCUGUACCUCCCCUGUUCUCUCUGCGGAGACGAGGUGGAGGUGCGUUUAUUGUGAGUGCGUCCACUCUGAGGCACCUGGCCCGUUUAUUUCUUUCUUUAUUGAGGUUGAUGUGGCGAGUGAGCCCAAAGCAAGACGUGGAAACAAAAGGGAAGAAGAUGUGGGCUGAUGUUGUGGAGUGAGCGUCCCUUCUUUGCCUGUGAAUUUAUACUAUUUGUUUUUCCUGUAUGUUUGAGUGAGAAUUGUUAUAUAUUUUAAUGUUCAUGUUUGUUUGUUUGUGUGUUUGAUCGUUUUGCAUUGACCUCUGCUUUCACUUGUGCUGUUGCCCUUUCUUGUUUUGUUUUGUUCUUUGUUUUUUUUUAUCUGGUGAUUUUCUCAUAACUGUUACUAUUAUUACUGCAUCGUAACUUGUUUCAUUAUUUUGUUGUAUUUUCUUUUGGCAACUUUGGAGGCAUGUUGUGAACUACAAAAAAAAUCUUAAUAUAAAUCUAUAUGCAUACAUAUAUACAGGUAACAUGUAUAUAUAUAAGUGUAUGUACCAUGAUUGUAAAAUAUGAAUGUCUGCAGAUCUAAAUGGGAUAUUUUUGUCAAUGAAGAACAAGAUGAAAUGUUACUGAGGUUUAGUUUUUAAAUGAAUAUUUUUCUAAAGGAACAAAAAACUAUAAUAAUUUUAAAGUACUGCCCUGUCCCUCAACAUGAAGCACGAUGUCACUGCCUCUGUCAAUGUGUAUUUAUGUUUUAUAAACAAUAUAAAGAACUAUCCAAGUUACAUGAAAUGUAUGUUUAUAAUUAUAAUGUUAGAAAGUUGUGGUAAUGCCUUGUUUUUGUUUGUUUGUUUUUUCUCUGUGAGGUCUGUCCCAAAGCUACUGACACCUAAUGCCACUUGAUCCUUAGCAGACGCAAAAUGAGGAAAUAAAAACUAGUGUGAUUGAAUGUCAAUACACAUAUUAAAAGUGUUCAGACCACAACAUACUGACUAAACUCUUUUAUUUAAGGACAAAGUAUUUCAUACCCAGUAUGCAUUUAUGUCCAUUAAAAACAUAUCACUUAAUAAUUGUGUUAUUUCCUAACAGAAACUUGUGUUCGAAGGAUAACUGCAGUUUCAGCCUUGAUAUGAACAUUAUCGUGUUAAUCCAUCCUCGUACUCAAAAACAUAUGUUGUCUAAUUGAGAUUUAACAUUUCCUGUGAUUGUAUUUGCUGAAUAAGAAUCUUUAUUUUCAAUAAAUAAAUAUGUUUAUUCAAAAACAAUGGCUAGAUUAAUUUAAAUUUGUGUUGAAAAGUGGCUCUUGGUGGUCAGAAAAUGGGCAGACCUCUUUUUUUAUUUUUUUUAUAAAUGACUGUGUUCG